AUGGCGCCAGCGCCUAGCCCGUCACCUGCCCCGGCGGCGCCCGGCAUUGCUACCCCCGAGGCGUGGCCGGCGGCCUCUGCCGACGCCGAGCGCGCGUUCACCUGGCUCAGCGCCAACGCCGUACUCGUUCUCGCGAUCCUCGUUUGCGGCCUCUUCGCCACGAUCGCGCUCCACGUCGUCCUGCAGUCCUUGCUACGCGUCACCGGCCGCGCGUGGUUCGGCGCUGGCGGCGGCCUGCAUGAGCCGGCUCCGCGCGGGGGUGGAAGGCGCGGCGGCAGGAACCGGGGGGCCCUGGCGCUCCCGUGCCUGGCUUACUCGGCGGGGCUCGAGCUGGCCGGGUCGUCGCGGUCGGAGUGCGCCAUCUGCCUCGCCGAGUUCGUGCGCGGGGAGCAGGUGCGCGUGCUGCCGCGCUGCAACCACGGGUUCCACGCCCUCUGCAUCGACCGGUGGCUGGCGGCGCGGCCGACGUGCCCCACGUGCAGGCAGGCGCCGUUCGCCGAGGCCGACGAGAGCGUCCUGGCCGCGGACUGUGCACGACCGGCGCCCGCUAUCGCGGUGGUGCGGGUGAUUGUAGACGGUGGCGGGAGGCGGCAUGUGUCGAUUUAG